GUAGUUUCAUAAUAUCAAUUUUUUAAUAUUUUUUAUUAAUACGGAAUUGAAGAUAUGAAAUGUCAAAAUUACGUGUUGGAGAUCGUGUAAAAAAGAAACAAGCACUAUAAAUGGAGUAGUUGUUUUCUUAAAAAAAAAAAAAAUAGUUUAUGGUUUAUCCACUAGCAUUCUCGCUCCCAAAAAAGCUUUCAGAAAAGUCCAAAUUCAAAAAGGACGAAAGAAAAAAAAAACUUUAGAGAAAAAACCACAAACAGAAAUGGGGGUAUUCUGAAGGACAUAUUUUGAAUCCAAAACAGUUUUUAACUUCUACGAGUACUUCCCCUAAAAAAACACCUUCUGUGAGCACUUUUCUUUCUUCUCUCUGACUCUCUCUACCCAUUUUCUUCAUCUUCCUCAAAAACUUUGUUUUUUUUUUUGACAGUUCCUCAAAAACUUUGUUAAUUUCGCCACCUUUGCUAAUCUCAUUAAUCCUUCUCUUCAUAACCCAUACUAAUCAUGGGUUAAUUUUGAUUUUCACUUGUUAAAUUAAUCCCAUGAACGAUUAAUAAAAUAAUUAGCAAGUGGAGAUGAAACUAAUAUAUAUAUUCAAUUAGCAGAAGUAGAAGAUAAGGAAUAUAAUCCUAGAUUCUAUAGUUUGUUGUUUUUGUUUCUGCAAGUGGGUGUAAGUUUAAAAUUUUGUAGGUCGCUUUCUAGAUUUCCCAAUUCAAGAGUUCUAUUUUUGUGGUUGAUAUUAUCCAGAUAGUUUAUGUUGCUUUCUUAACCCAAAAAAAGGGUCCCCAUCUUUUCUUUUUGCUUCCUUAAUCAAGUACAAAAAAAGCAAGAUUUUACUACAUAACAUGUUAUAUAUCUACAUCAGUCUUACCCUUUCUACCGAAAUUUUAUCCUAAUCUCUCUCCUCCGUACACUACAGAAUAACUCCUUUUUUUGGUCAUUUUCUUUCUCCUCAACUUCCACACUAACCCACUUACAAGGGUUUUUUCUGAUUCUUCAAAAAAAAAAAUUUGUAUAUUGUUUUUUUUUUUGAGAGGAAUUUGAUGGUAAUGAAUGAGGGGAUGAAGAAUUUGGAGUUGCAUGGCGAAGAUCUGCAAGAAUUUGGGGUGUUUCAUACUCCUCAAGAAGGUAUGAAAGAUGAGGAAGAGAUCUGGUUUGAAACCGCUUCUUUGCAACAAGAAAAUAUUGAUAAUAGUGUUAAGAACAACAAUGAAAUUAAUACUGAUAAUGAGUUUUUAGAUGUGGAUGUAAGCGAUCCAUGUUCUUUGUUCUGUGCUGAUUUCCCGGCACUACCAGAUUUCCCUUGCAUGUCGUCUUCGUCUUCAUCGUCUUCGACUCCAGUUGGUACUACGAAGCCUUUUGGUGCUUGUUCGACGGCUACGUCGUCUUCUGCAUCCACCGCUUCAUCUGGGGCUGCUUCAUGGGCUGUUUUAAAGUCGGAUGCAGAUCAUGAUCCAUCUUCAUCGACAGCAGUAUCAGUAGACAUUGUGGCUCCUCCACCGAUGGAUCAUCGUCGAGAAGUAUCUCAGGAGGGAGUAGGGAUGGUGUUGGAUGAUGUGGAUCAGUGCAUGGAUAUUAUGCAGAAUUUUGGGUGCAUAGAUUUGCUUGAGAACACUGAUAUUUGCUGGGACCCAUCUCCGUUGUUCGAAGAAAAUGGAGAUGGGGAUGAGCGCGAAGAUAACCAUUAUCGGUUUCUUCAGUCGGCGGAAGUUAUAGAGAAUAAAAUUGUGGAUGACGAUGAUGAUGAUAGGGUGUUUGAAAAGUUCAUGCAGCAGCAGCAGCAGCAAUGUGGUGGUAGUAUUACUACAAGUCAUACUACUAGUGGUGGAGUGGUGGAUGUUGUUUUUGGUCAAAGCAGCGGAGGCGGUGAAGACGGUGGGGUAAACUUUGGAUCGGGUUCGUCUCCGGAUGAUUUAGCUAUGGUGUUCUUUGAGUGGUUGAAGUCUAAUAAAGAGAUGAUAUCAGCGGCGGAUUUGAGGAAUAUUAAGAUUAAGAAGUCCACCAUAGAGAACGCAGCGAAAAGGUUAGGAGGUGGUAAAGAAGGGAUGAAACAGUUGCUGAAGUUGAUAUUGCAGUGGGUGCAAAAUCAUCAUCUUCAGAAUAAGCGUAUGACGACGGCCGUUGAGGAUGAAAUUCAAGUUGCUAGUGUAAACAAUAGUCAUAACCCUAGCUACUCAAUCCAAGAGCAUGCUAAUAAUGAGAAUAAUAACAAUAAGAAUAGUACUACUCCUAGUGAACCUAGUGGUAACCCUAGUGGUCAAACAGAGCAGCAGUGCUUCAGCCCGACAACGUGGCUGCAGCCUACUCCUGCUCCGUCCUCGUUUGUGAGUGAUUCAGCUCCCAUGGUCUCGUUACCGGCCCCGCCUCCUCCCGCAGGGUUUGGACCUGGGGUUGGUUAUAUGGGUGGGGAUUUGUAUUCGGGUGGUACGCCGAUGGCGUCCUAUCCACCUCCUAUGCCGCCAUCGGAUUACCACCACUCAUGGGGACCCACCCCGAUGCAGUAUGGGUUGGGUCCACAUUACGGGUCGUUUGGUGAUGCAACUCAGUUUGGAGGGUAUGGAAACCCUCCUGCAUAUCCGGGGUUCUAUUAUCAUCCAGGCCCUGCCGAGGGGUUAGUGAGGUUGGGGUCGUCUGCAACAAAAGAGGCUCGGAAGAAGCGGAUGGCGAGACAGCGGAGGUUCUUCUCUCAUAAUCAUAGGAGUUCGCAUACUAAUAGUCAGAACAAUAAUAAUAGUAAUGGUGUGGUUAAUCAGCAGAUGAUUAAUCAGAUGGCUGAGCAGCAUGCAGCUGGUAUAGGGAAUGGAAAUUGUGGGGUUGCUCCACAUGGGAAUUGGGUGUAUUGGCCUCCUCCACCUCCAUCGCAUGUGCCACCGCCUCAAGUGAACCGUUCGGGUCCUAUGGUAGGGCAAAUGAUGCCACCACAGCCAGCUAUUGAAAGGCCCGGGAAUGGCUUUUCAAAGCAAGUUGGAAUUGAGAAGAAACAGGGUUGGAAAACGGAGAAGAAUUUGAGAUUCCUUCUUCAAAAAGUGCUGAAACAAAGUGAUGUGGGUAACCUAGGGAGGAUUGUAUUACCCAAGAAGGAAGCAGAGACGCAUUUGCCGGAGCUAGAGGCGAGGGACGGGAUUCCCAUUGCAAUGGAAGAUAUCGGCACCUCUCGUGUGUGGAACAUGCGUUAUAGUGUCAGGUUUUGGCCUAACAAUAAAAGUAGGAUGUAUCUCCUUGAGAACACAGGGGAUUUUGUAAGAUCAAAUGGACUCCAAGAAGGGGACUUCAUUGUUAUAUAUUCAGAUGUUAAAUGUGGCAAAUAUAUGAUAAGAGGAGUGAAAGUACGGUCGCAACAGCAAAGCAUGAAGGCUGAAACAACCAACAAGAAGUCAAACAAGACCCAAAAAACUGAAGGAACCUCCUCCCCAGCCGGAAGACUGUCAUCUUCUCCAAAUAUUAUGCAAAGUUAAUAGUUUGUACUUUGAGUUAUUGUUCAUAGAACUCUUUUACGUAACUAUGAACUUCAGGUUUUACCCACCCCAUUCAGUGGUGAUUUAGUCAAUAAACAUAGAGGGGUGGUGGUUGCAAAUUAAUUGCGUAUGCAUGGUUUUCUGCUCCUAUAUUUCGGCAUGUCUCAUCAGAGGAAGAGGGGUCAAGAUAUAUGAUUAAAGUCGUAACUGCUAGCACUUUCGUCGAAUUGGGUGCUUGUUGAGGAGGAGAUUAUGGGUAGGACUCAAUAAUCAUUAUGGCCGGCAUUUGGAAGCAUUUGUAUGUUGAAACUUGUACUAUUUUGUAAUAAUGUAUCUAUUGUCAAAAAUGUGAUGUGGUAUUGUGGCAUGUAUUAUUGGAAACAUUGAGCUACAAUAGCAUAAAAAUCUGAAUGUAAUAUUGUAACUUGUGGAUUUGUGGGUUAAAUAAAUAUGUACCAAUGCGGUUAUGAAUA